GGAGCUCGGCGGCGGCGUCCCCAUCAAUAGCAACGUCUGAUCACAACUUUGUUAGAGGAUUCCUGAAAGGGAGCGUCCACGCGUGGUGGCCACAUGUCUUCUUCUCCGCUGCGCGAUGUUGGUGAGGUUAUAGACAUGGAGGGCGAUUUCGUGCUCACCCACAGGCGCCUCAUUGAGCAAGCGCAUGAGCUUGCACGGAAGCAGGGUGUGUUGUUCACGAGUAUGGUGGAGGAGCUGCAGCGUCUGCAGGGCGAGGUGGAGAAGGCAAACAUGAUAGAAGGUGUGGCCGUGUCAAGGACCGAAGCUGCGGACCGAUCUACUGCUGUCCUGAGGGAGGAAGUUUUGCGCCUGCAGCAGCAAUUAGCACUUUAUGAAGGGGGUUGUGACCAUAACCCUGGACAGCCUGACAGUUUCGUAACAACUGUGCAGAGCCCCGGCUGCAGGUGAGGAGGAACCAUCACCAGUGUCACAGUGUCAGUGGGCCGCAUGCAACGUGACAGCGGUCAACG